AUGGAAAACAAUCAGGAACUCAAGCAUUUACAUGACACCCUAUUCUCCGAGGGCCUUGAGGUCCGCCGCGCGGUCGUCGGAGACCAAUACGUUGAUAAAGCUUUGGAGAACGGAUCCAGCGAAUUUGCUCGCCCCGGCCAGGCGCUGGUGACGGAGUGGUGCUGGGGCCAUAUUUGGACGAGACCUGGUCUUGAAAGGAAGCAGCGGAGUCUUCUCAAUAUAGGCAUGCUGAUUGCAUUAAAAUCGUGGCCAGAGCUAGGCAUUCAUACGCGGGGCGCAAUCAAUAACGGUUUGACCGAGAAAGAGAUUAGUGAGGCUGUGCUGCAAGCGACUAUCUAUUGUGGUGUGCCGGCUGGGGUUGAGGCGAUGAAAGUAACGGAAAAGGCUAUAUUGGAGAUGAUCGAGAAGGGGGAAUAUACACGGUCAUGA